ACACACUUCCUCUUUAGACAGAAAACUGCUCACAUUCUUUUAACCAGCUAUUAAGAAGACGAGAAAAACACAACGCUGUACGACUAAACAAAAACCGAAGAGGACCAGCAGACUUACAAGAAUCUAGUAAGAUUAAGGGAGAAAAAUCACCAUGUCUCAGGAAUGCAUCCGAGUGCUGAAGUAUAUGAUGUUUGUUUUUAAUUUAAUAUUUUGGGUAGCUGGAUGCUCUAUCAUAGCUAUGGGCAUCUACUAUUUGGUAAAUGAUAUAUAUGGAACCCUAGUCCCAGAAACAUCCUCGUUAACUGUCGGCAAUAUAUUGAUUGUAACUGGAUGCAUCAUUAUGGUUUUUGGAUUCAUCGGAUGCAUGGGUGCAAUUAAAGAGAACAAAUGCCUGCUUCUUACAUUCUUCAUUUUGCUUCUGUUAAUCCUUAUAAUUGAAGUCGUAUUGGCAAUUGUACUUUACGUUUAUGAAAAAAAGGUAGGUGACCAUGUUGUGGCGCAUUUAACAACCAGCUUUGAAGAACAAAGAAAAGAAACUGCCAACAAUAAAACAAAGCAAUUAUGGCAUGACAUACAAAAAAAUGUGAAAUGUUGUGGAAUCAAUGGAACUUCAGACUGGGGAACCAACAUCCCCAAGUCUUGUUGUGAAAAUACAGAAUGCACAAGAUAUUUCCCAACAGGUUGCUCUAAGGCUUUGGAACAGUGGUUUAAUGACAAUUUCUGGUAUGUUGGAAUUAUAACUAUUUGCAUCUCAAUUGUUGAGGUGCUUGGAAUGUCAUUUGCGUUAACACUGUACUGUCAUAUUUCCAGAAACAGUGUAUCGCUAAAUAAAUAGUCAAAUUGAAGAAGCAUCCAGUAUUUCAAAGCAAAACAAGAUCAAUAUAUGAAGUGCUUGCUAUGUGUAUCAGAAUACAUUUAAUGUAAUACCUUAAAUUCCAUUUCUAAAAUCCGAUGCUGUAAUAAUCCCAGCUGUAAUUAUAUGUAUAUGGCAGUUAGAACUGUAGUUAUAAGUAACACUUUUUUUAGUAGUACUUUCAUGCUUUCUUUUUUUUUGUUAAUAUUAUUUGUUAGUACUCUAUGUAGCAUCAUUGCAUACAUGCAGGGCAAUUCAAUAAAUAGGGAAUUUACCAUGGAGUUGUAAUUUGUAUCUUAACUAAUUUUCAUUGGUCAGUUCCCAAAAAGGGACAGUUUAUAAUAA